CCAUAGCUCCGCAUGGCAUUGCAUAUGUAGUCCACCCUUGAUACAUAAUCAUAUUCACAACAGUUUCAGACCGGUGAUUCGAAGGUGGCAGCCUGAAAUCCCCCAAAGUAUGUCUUCUUCUUGAAGAUCGUAUUGUUUACAACGGUCAAACAUUCAAACUACUCAAUCUACAAAAUGGGUAAAAGCCUUCGAUUCGAAAUCGUAUUGUUAUCAAUUUCCGUUAAAAAAUAUUACAUAUCUCAAGAAACACAAUAUUUCCGCCACAUUUGAAUUUAAUUGAAGUUCAAUAAUUUCCUUGGAAAUCAUACAGGGAAAUAAAGUAUUUCUAUGAAGUAUGGAAAAGGUGGCUGGUACCAAGAAAGAUGGUGAAACGAAAGAAAAUGUUGGUGGUCAAAACAUAUCCGGAGAUUAUUUUUGGAAAACAAAUCCAAGGCAUAUGACUGAUGUUUUCUUCUUGAUAUUGAUGAUACUUUUCUUUAUUGUGUUGUGCCUUCUUCUCGGGUAUUGUAUAUCAAACGGCGACAUAUUCAGAAUAAUCAACGGUUAUGACAAUUGUGGCAAUGUUUGUGGAAGAGAAACAGAAACAGAGAUUGCGAAAAAUUACACAAAAACUUGUUCGUCAUCCAAUGAAAAAAGUCCGUUUUUGUUGGUGUUGAAAAGAAAUAAUACCGAUAUAAAGGACAGAUACUGUGUGAAGAAUUGUUCAUCUUAUGAUGGAUAUCGCCCUUUUUUCAAUAGAUGUAUUCCAAACGCAACGCACAAAAUAGUGGAUAAAUAUAUUUCUAAGACUGGAAUUACUAAUUUUUUUCAGGAAAUUUCUGAAGAUUUACAUCUAUGCUAUUGGGAAAUUAUUUAUCUUUUCUUCAUAUCUUUAUUGAUUUCUACACUGCUACUGGUGGCAUUAAGAUACUUAGUUGGUUUUGUGGUUUGGGGAUUACUAAUUGGUGUUGUCGUAGCUACUAUUGCUGUUACAGUUUGGUUAUGGCAUUCAUACCUGUAUAUAAGGAAAGAACAAGGAAAUAUUCAGCAGGAUCGAAUACCUCUAAUAGAUAGCAGAAAAAAGGACACCAACCUGGUUUUUGCUAUAAUAUCUACUGUGAUCACUGUUUUGGUGAUUCUGGUCAUAUUAGUGCUUAGGAAGAGAGUGAAGAUAGUGAUACAACUUUUCAGAGAGUCUGGAAAAGCUGUGGCUUCCAUGCCUGUUCUACUUUUUCUACCUGUCCUAACAUUCCUCUGUCUUGGAGGUCUGAUAACGCUUUGGUUUUUCUGCUGUUUAUGGAUAGAAAGUUCGGGAAUUUUGACAGAGACCAACCAUGGUAUAUUCCAUUACGAGAAGAAUGACUGGAUGAGAGUAACCAGAUGGCAAAACAUAUUUGCCAUGCUUUGGAUGGCUCAGUUCCUGAUUGGUUGCCAGCACAUGGUGAUAGCUGGAGCGGUGUCCUUUUGGUAUUUCACCAGAGACAAAACCAAGUUGAACACGCCAGUCUGUCAGAGUAUGUGUAAUUUGAUCCGAUACCAUUUGGGUUCCGUGGCUUUGGGUUCUUUGGUGAUUGCCAUAAUCCAGUUUAUCAGGAUUAUAUUGAAAUUUAUUGAGAACAGGUUUAAAGGACGUACAGGAUGCUGUGCGAAAAGUAUACUAGGAUGUUGCCAAUGUUGCCUGUAUUGCUUCGAGAAGAUUCUGAAAUAUUUGACAAGAAACGCUUAUAUCGAAGUUGCUGCAUAUGGUUAUUCAUUUUGCAAGGGUGGAAGACAAGCUUUCAAACUACUAGUAGCUAAUGCUUUGAGAGUAGCUGCUAUCAAUUCUAUUGGAGAUACUACCUUAUUUUUAGGGAAAGUGAUAACAGUAAUUGCCACAGUAUUUGUUGGAAUGAAAAUGUUAGAGAACAAGGAAGGACUUCAACACAUGUGGGUGCCAUUGACUUUAGCUGGAUUGUUCGCCUAUUUUAUAGCACAUUGCUUCCUCACAGUCUACGAGAUGAUAAUAGACACGAUCUUCCUUUGUUUUUGUGAGGACUGCGAGAAGAAUGAUGGAAUCAGUCGACCAUACUAUAUGUCUAGAGGUCUGAUGUCGUUUGUGGAGAACUCGAAGAAAAAAAUUGAAUUGUACGAGGGCAGAAAAUAUCUUACCGUCAACGCACAAGUGUCUCCAAAUAAUGAGUCUAAAACAGGGGGAAGUGGCUCCAAAUCAGCCCAAAAAUAAGAUUUCGAAUGGAACAUUUGAAAUUUGAAGGAUCAAUGGAAACAAUGAAGAUUGCUCAUACAAGGAGUGGGAUUGAAAAAGUUUUUAAGAAUAUUUUUCAUAUUUAUUGUAUGUACUUACUUUUCAAUAUACAACAUCUUCUUGAAAGUA